UGUAGCUUGCUAUGCACAUGCUUGUAUUAUUAUACAAGCACGUGCACUGCAAGUCUAAUAAUAACUAACAGUCAGCAUAAAGGGCAUGAAUACACAGUUUGCUGAGUGAAGAAGAACACUUCAAGAUAUCAUGUCUACUCUACUCUGUUUUUUUCUUUUACUGCUGGGCAGUUUAAGUUUCUUUCAGUGUGUCUCUUCUCAAAGUGUUGCUCCUGAUGAUGCUGACCCUGAUUGUUUAGAUAUACCAAUAAGAAAUGUCACCUUCCCUAAUGAAAAGAUUUUAAUGGACUCACAGAACUACAGGUCAACUCUUCUUGUUGGAGCAGAGGGAGAAAAUAGGACAUGGCUGACUAUUGAUUAUGAUGGAGGGGGAGUGGGUCGACCUGGUGCUGGUGAAUUUGUUGAUUCUUGGUAUGAAGGUAAUCAAGGAGUACAAUGCUUACAUCGACUCCAUGUUUGUGCUACCCUGAUCCCUGGAGGAACAUCUUCAUUCCAGAGCAACUGGUUGAUAACACAAUACAUUAAUAUUAGUGAACCAGGAAUAAGCCAAUUAAGAAUAAAUGUAACUUUUUCAUCAAGUUUGGUAUGCUCAAGCCAGCAGUGUGCCCAGCAGCAGACAUUUGAAGUGCAGACAUAUGAAACUAAUGAAUCAGAUGACAUGAACAGAGGGAAUAUCAGCUUUUAUUCAUAUGCUGGUGUUCGUCUGAUACACACUGCUGAGGAAGGAGCUACUACAGACUCUGAGUCAUUUGCUGUAUCUAGUUCUGGUCUGUAUCUGGCUAUAUGGGACCAAGGAUCUUGUACUGUCAUUAAUCGGAUUGUGGUAUUCUACAAUAUCUGUCCUUAUCAGAUAUUGAAUAAAGCUGUCUAUCCAGAGACAGUAGCUCCCCAAGGGGUUUUUGAUCCAGAUAAAAACGUGAAUGCUGCUUGUAUUGAUAAUGCUAGUCCUGCAUCAUCAAAUAGUUUAAGUUUAAGUUGUAGGUUAUUAGGAGUGUGGGGUGGAUCAGCUUCAUGUCAAUGUAACCCUGGAUAUGAAGCUAAUGGUACAGUUUGUCAAGCUUGUGAAGAAGGCACCUACAAGCCAUUCACAGGAGACAGUGAAUGCAAUGGUUGUCCUGAUAACAGUUACUCAGCUAGUCCUGGUUCUGUAUCCUGCCAGUGUCUGCCUGGUUAUUAUAGAGCACCUCAUGAAGGUAUUGCUGUGAGCUGCACUGGUAAGUGA